UUAUAAACAAGCUGCACUUAUAUCCUACUGUUUUCGUCUUUCCAAGACUAGCCAUUGAAUUCCUUCUCCACUUGCACAAUGCAGAUUGGUAAUAUCAAGUCGUCUGAUUGGGACAGCACUGCGUCCGAAUAUGCCAAAGUCCCCCUCGAAGGGCCACUGUUGAUUCCCUGCAAGCGCAUGAUUGACGCCUUACAGAACACCCUCAGCUUUUCAUCGGCCACAACCAUCUUGGACAUUGGAUGUGGUCCCGGCACUGCGAUUAGUUUGCUGAUCGAUACCUACGGCAACAAUAUACCACCAGAAACUCGACUGGUCGCGACGGACUACUCCGCAGGCAUGGUGGCAGCGACCAGAGCUAAGAAAGACUCGAAGGUAAUAGCCGGAGGCGACGCUGCAAAUUGCUGGGGCCGACUCGAGACGCUCGUAGUGGAUGCACAGGAUCUGUCUGAAUUUCCCUCGAAUAGCGUUUCCCAUAUCAUGGGGAGCCUGGUCUACUUCAUGCUCCCGGACCCAAGGAAGGGUCUGAGAGAGGCUCAUCGGGCACUGCAAUCUGGAUGCGUCUUUGCAUGUACAAGUUGGGCAAAGGUUGAGUGGAUGGAACUUCUGGUUCAAGCGGCCCACAAGGUGCGACCCGUCGGGAAGGAUAAUACCUCAACCCAACCCAAGGGGAGCAAUAUAAUCCCGGCACAUUGGAAAGACCUUGUUGGAGUAAAGGGAGAGCUAGAAUCUGCUGGGUUCCGCGACGUGCAUACCGAGUACGUCGAGUUUAAUUGGGUUGUUGAAGACCAUAACCAGUUUGCCGAGAUGAUGUGCACAAGUUCCAACCCCGGUAGUAAGAUGGUCUUAGGUGACCUGACUGCUGAAGAGCAAGGUCAUGUUCGUGAAGAGUAUGUGAAGAUCCUCGAGGAGAAUGGGAACGUAUGCAAAGGCGUCGCGGUCCUGGGUAUUGGCAAGAAAUAGUUGAUGCACGCGCUUCUGCUUUAACUACCUUAGGUGCUUAAACCUAC